GGGGUGCCUUCAAACAGCGAAAGUCGGCGAAAUGCGCUACCACAAGCGGAACAUUACUGUUCGCACUGUGAUUGGCUACCCGCAUAUAUCAUUGGCUGACAGCGGAUCCGCUCAAUUUCCCGACUCGUCAUUGGCUAUACGAAGGGCAGUAUAUGGUGUCAUACCUGUCCCUCGUUCGAGAAACAUAUGGAGGUCGAGGCCUAUACAAACGUUAUAAAUGGGCAUCAGACGGCGCCUGGAGAGCACAACAGAAACAUUCUCGUCGUAGCUCGUAGCCCUUCACUGCAUACCAGCACCCACUCACUACAAUGGUCUUAAAACACAUCGACCCCGCCACUCUAGAUGACCUCCAAACACGCGUCCAGUACCUCCGCGACUUCAUUGAAUUCACACAGGCCGACGCUGACGCGCUUCACGCGGCCAAACCCGUCGUCGCCACCCUAGUCCCUGACCUCGUCGAUCGCGUCUACAACAAACUGCUGUCCUUUGACAUCACCGCAGCGGCGUUCACGCCCAAGCAGACUGGGCAGGAAGGUGCCGACGAGUCGGAGGCGAAGGUUGAGGAGCUCAAUCAUGAUCAUUCUAAUAUCAAGUUCCGGAAGGACUUUUUGAGGGGAUACUUGGUGAAGCUCGUUAGUCUGGACUAUGAGAAGCCAGAGGCGUGGGCGUAUUUAGACAAGGUUGGCAUUAUGCACACCGGGGUCCCGGGGUUUGCCCACAGGAAAAAGAAGCCCGCGUUGAGGGUUGAGUACAUCCACUGUGGUUUGCUGCUGGGCUUGGUGGAAGACAUGCUGGUUGAUGCCGUUAUCCUCCAUCCUGAUAUUGAUCUGAAAACCAAGCACGCUGUUUGCCGGGCCGUGAACAAGUUGAUUUGGAUUCAGAAUGAUCUUUUUGCGCGGCAUUAUGUUGAGGACGAGCAGGUAACGGCGGCUAAGCUUGCAGGGAACUGAAAACGUCAUGAGUUGUGCCGUUGGGAUGUUGGAGGGCCAACUAUGCCCCGUUUCCUAUAGCAUCUGUUCUGCUGUUUUUUGUGAUGCUGGAAUUCCAUGCAUAAUAAUCUGCAGCAAGUAUAUACUUCGGUGUCCAGGCAUAGAAAUAGCUAAGUUCAUUAUUAAAAUCUUAAGAAGUUGACAGCCACCAUUCGACUACUAACAUCCCUCAGCAGAGGGCCAUUCCG